ACUUUGGACAACAAACCAGCCGCGUAACUACAUAUAAAACACAUAGUGUACUUAUAUAACGUCUAGUUUACGCCUGAUAGGCAUUUGUUUACGAGGAAAGCCAGGACACUGGCUGUGUCUCAAAUCGACACCAAGUGCCCUACAUAGUGGACGCCUACCUAGUGCCCUAGGAUCGCCUCAGCGUUGAGGAGCCAUAGAAAUCGGCCGGGUUGCCGGUUAGUUCCCUAGGGUCGAUUCGGGACAGAGCCCGUGUUAGUUUCGGUUAGCUACCGUGAGCUAACGUUAAAUUCAGACGCUGUGGUGUUUUCAGCGCUUUGCUGACAGGAUGGCUCAGCCGUGUAAAGUGCCCGAAGACUUGGAUGGACACGCUGUGAAGGACGCGCCUCCAACCGUUUACUACGUUCCCGAUUUCAUAACCGAGGCAGAGGAGGAGUAUCUUCUACAGCAGGUUUACAGAGCCCCGAAACCCAAAUGGACGCAGCUGUCUGGGAGGAGGCUGCAGAACUGGGGUGGGCUGCCACAUCCCAAAGGAAUGCUGGCCGAGAAACUCCCUGAUUGGCUGCUCAAGUACACAGAGAAAAUAUCUGCACUUGAUGCGUUUGCUGGAAAAAACGCCAAUCAUGUGCUGGUGAACGAAUACAAGCCAGAGGAGGGCAUUAUGCCUCAUGAGGACGGCCCACUUUACCACCCCACAGUGACCACCAUCAGCCUGGGGUCCCACACAUUGCUGGACUUCUACACACCUGUCGAUGAGUCUCAGUCUGGAAUUCCUCAGACCGAAGAGAGCCGUUAUGUGUUGUCACUGUUGCUACGGCGACGCAGUCUGCUGAUUCUGCAGGGCGAGAUGUACGAGCGCUACCUGCAUGGGAUCCGUGGAGUUGCCGUGGAUACGCUGACGGAGCGGGUGGCGAACCUGUCGGCGGCGGGAGGGCAGGUGGGCGAGACGCUGACUCGCGGCACUCGAGUCUCCCUCACUAUCCGCCACGUGCCCAAAGUCUGCCGUGCCAACCUGCUGCUCGGCAGGAAGUGACUGCGCACAGAGACCCCCGGGGUAGACUGUUUAGGGGCUGUGAGCCUAAAGACAUGAGGAGGACAGUUCGGACGUAGUCCAGUUCUUCUCAACCUCAUCUUGAUCCGCUUUGUCAGUUAAAACAACAGAUCCAGUUAGUUCUGCAGUUGAUCAGUUGGAGCUUCUGAACACUGAGCCCACAUCACCACACUGAUAAACAAUCAGUGUUCUUCCCCCUGGAAAACUAGUCCCAUUGGUCCACGUCUAAAGGAAGGAAUAAUGCAGAUUUACAGCUUUACUUUAAAGUUCUGCAAACUGUAUGCAAAUGUUUGUGCACCCCUAGUCAAGUGACUUGUUUUGUUGAUUUUCUAAGUGAAGCUGAGGCUACGUUCACACAGCAGGUAAAAGUGGCCCAAAUCAGAUUUU